AUGUCCUCGCCACCACCCCCCUCCUCCAACCCUCUCAAACGCCCCUCCAUCUCCUCCGCCUCUUCCCAACCCCUCGGCAGCCAUCCCAAACGACCGCGCAUGCACCCCCUCCGCCAGACCUCCUUCCCCAACACCAUUGACGCAGACACGCGCACCUACAGCGACGCCGGCAGCGUGACGGGCAGUUUCACAGGCAGUUUAGGCGGGACCAGCGCAGAUGGCGUUUUUCUCACGAAAGGAAAGAAGCGCGGCCGCAAAAGUAAAGCAGAGAAGGAGCGCGAGAGGGAAGAAGGGAGUCUGCGGGCGGGGAUGGAUCGACUGGGGUCGGUGGAUGCGGAUGGCGCGUCGGUGAGGGGUGGUGCUGGUGGUGGAGGUGCUGGAGGAGGGGGAGAAGAUGCCGAUGAGGAUGAGGAUUUUGAUGAUGAGGGGGAGUUGUUGGGGAGGGAGGAGGGGACGACGGAUACGGAGGCGGAGAAGAAGAAUAUGGCAUUGCUGGUGGAUGCAUUCAAUCCCAUCCAGUCGGAACGAUACGAUUUGUUCAAACGAGCCAAGUUACGAAAGGAAACGCUACGACGUAUUGUCAAUCAUGCUCUGUCGCAGUCUGUGCCGGCUAGUGUGGUUACCACGAUUAAUGGCUUUACGAAGGUCUUUGCCGGUGAGAUUAUUGAGAAGGCUCGUACCGUGCAGGCUGAGUGGGCUCUUGCUCAUGAUCAGGCGGCUUUGGCUGCCAUUGAAGCUGAACAGGCGGCGACCACGACAACAACAACAACAGCAGCAACACCUGGGGGUAUUAAGCAGGAGCCCGUGGAGAGGGGGCCUAUGUCUACGCCUGCUGGGAAGAAGGAUGUUAAGUUGCCUCCGAAUCCCCAUCGGGGUCAGUUACUGCCUUCACAUCUGAGGGAAGCGCUGCGGCGGUAUAAGCGGGAUGGAGAGGGUGGUGGCGUAGGGUUCUCCGGGCUGAGUAUGGGUAUUUCCCUGCUCGUGAUUUACCCCAUAAGCCGCAUUAUCUACAAUGUAUUGUUCAGUCCAUUGAGUCACUUACCCGGGCCGAUUAGUUGGUCUGCCACCCGUUUGCCGUUCAUUAGGGCACUACUUCGGGGCACGAUUGUCCAUGACUUUGAAAGAUUGCAUCGCAAGUAUGGGCCUAUUGUGCGUACCGCCCCCGACGAGGUCAGCUUUGCCAGCGGGGACGCUUGGACAGACAUCUAUGCGAGUCGGCCUGACGAUCGCCAAUUUCUCAAGGAUCCCCUCUGGUGGCGAAGGCAGCCUGGCCAGCCUGAUACUCUUUUGAGUGCGAUCCAUCCGGCCAAACAUUCUCGUAUGCGGAAGUUACUCGUUCCAGCCUUCACUCCGCGUGCUUUGAGGGCGCAAGAGGCUGUGCUGCAGAGAUAUGCCUCACUUCUCGUCGACCGGAUCAGAGACCAAGUGUCAGCCGCUGGCACAGACGGAGCAGUGGUUGACAUGGGCCCCUGGUUCAAUUUCACCACUUUUGACAUUUUCGGCGACCUCGGCUUUGGCGAGUCCUUUGAUUGUCUGCAGCACUCACGGUAUCACCCCUGGAUUGCGCUGCUAUUCGGUAGUGUUAAGGCGGCCUCAUUUACUGCGGCAGCGCGGUAUUACCCCCCGUUAGAAGCGCUACUGAUGAAAUGCAUCCCCCGCUCGCUGCACGAAAAGAGUCAGCGCCAUUACCGGCAAAUCGUGGACAAGAUCGACCGACGGCUUAGCUGGGAACUUCAGCGACCAGAUAUCAUGUCUCACUUAAUCAAUGAGCAUGGCCAAGUGGCAUUACCACGGGGGGAGCUUAACUCGACCUUUAUGAUAUUGACUACAACGGGCAGUGAAACAACUGCCACGGUGUUGACGGGUAUAUUGGCCUAUCUAGUGAAUGAACCACCAAUUCAGGAGCGCCUCAUCCGAGAGAUCCGCGAAAGGUUCGACUCUAGUCACGACAUCAACCUCUCAGCGGCGGCGGAUCUCUCGUACCUCACUGCAGUGAUCCAGGAGGGUCUCCGACUGUGUCCACCCGUGCCGUGGAUGCUUCCCCGCCAGGUGCCACCGGGAGGAAGUACUGUGUGUGGGACAUGGUUACCAGGCGGAGUAAACUCGGUCUCUCUGCAGGCUUAUACCCUCAAUCGCGACCCCUCUCGCUUCCAUGCAGCCUCCUCCUUCAUUCCAGAGCGAUGGCUUCCGGAUGCGUUGAACAACCCUAACUCACCCUUUUACCACGAUGACCGUCAGGCGGUGCAGCCGUUCAGCAUGGGGCCACGGUCUUGCCUAGGUCAGCACCUGGCGUGGGCAGAGAUCAGAUUGAUCCUCACAAAAUUACUGGUCAGCUUUGAUUUCGAGGCGGUAGAGGGGAAACGCCUGCAAUGGGAAGAAUUGCGGACCUUCUUGCUGGUGGAGAAGCGACCCUUGGAGGUGCGAGUGCGGCUGGCCUCGUCUUGGUAG